AUGGCCAAACCACGCAAGAAGAAGAGGACCCAUGUUGGAGCCUCAGGAGACGCGCCACAGAAAGCGAACGAGCGCGGUCCGAAGAGCAUGGUCAUCCGCAUCGGCGCCAGCGACGUUGGGCCGAGUGUGUCGCAACUGGUGAAAGAUGUGCGAACAAUGAUGGAGCCCGACACUGCCUCGCGCCUGCAAGAGCGGCGGAAUAACAGGCUGCGAGACUAUACCACCAUGGCCGGUCCCUUGGGAGUGACUCAUCUGUUGCUGUUUAGUCGGAGCAAGACUGGCAAUACCAAUAUGCGGCUGGCCGUCACACCAAGAGGCCCGACAUUGCAUUUCCGAGUGGAGGAGUACAGCUUGUGUAAAGAUGUACAUCAAAGUCAAAAGCGGCCCAAGAGCAGUGGAGUCAAUGGCACUGGAAAGGAAGGCGUGAGCCCGCCGUUGCUUGUGAUGAACAACUUCACCACCUCUGCCCAACAGUCUCAGACCAAAGGAGCACCUACACCACAUGUCCCAAAACACCUCGAAUCCUUGUCGACAACCGUCUUCCAAUCGCUCUUCCCUGCCAUCAACCCCACCACCACUCCUCUGAACAACAUCAAACGCAUCUUGCUCCUCGAUCGCGCGGCCGACUCCCCAGCAUCCACCGACCAUCCCACCUACACCUUGGACCUGCGCCACUACGCAAUUGAGACACGUACUGCAAAGUCCGUCCCCAAGCCUUUGCGACGACUCGACGCAGCACAAAAGCUGGCCCACGCCGGGCAGAAACGCAAGCGAGGCGAUCUGCCGAAUCUCGGACGACUGAACGAUGUGGCAGACUAUCUUCUCGACCCGCAUGCAGCCGACGGCUUCACCUCAGGCUCAGACUCCGAACCGGAGACGGAUGCCGAGGUGGAAGUGCUGGCGACGACUGCACAAAAGGUACAGCAACGAGAUCGGCGGAAAGGCCGGGAUAGGGAGGAUGUAUCGUCUGAUCGCAGAGAUCCGGAGUCAAGGUCGCAUGUGGAGAGGCGGGGCAUCAAGCUUCAGGAACUCGGCCCUCGCCUCAGGCUCCGUUUGACCAAGAUUGAAGAGGGCUUAUGCACCGGCAAGGUGAUGUGGCACGAGUACAUCCACAAGACCGCGGCGGAGGAGCAGGAGAUGGAACGGGUGCAUGAGGAGAGGCGGGCGGAGAAAGAGCGGAGAAGGGAGGAACAGAGGGCGAGGGUGGAGGCAAAGAAGAAAAGCAGAGGGGCUGGCGAGGCGGCAGAUGACGAUGCGGAAGACGAAGACGAACUCAGCGAUGACGAUGAAUGGGAUGAUGAAGAAGACCAAGCCGGCGCCGAGGAAGAGGAGGAGGAGGAGGUGGUGGAUGAGUGA